AUGCCAAAGAAGAAAGGAAACCUGAAAGCGGCUCUUCAAGGUCACUUUGCUCAACAAGAACAAAAGGCGAGAGAGAGGGCUGCUCAGGAAGCAGCAAGACGUAAAGCGCUGUCACUUACCGAGUCUGGGAAACAACAACACAAGAAUGGCAAGGGCAAAGCAGCAACCCCCAACAGAAACAGUACAGGCAGCGGGCGGGAUGUACAAGACGUCAUCGGAGAUGACAGUAUGAAAAGCACCUCAGCCUUGACAGAGACAAAACCGCAUAUCAAGCCACCCAAGAGGCUACCCCAGCCAUUUGAUCGUAACGAUACAAUCCUAACUGUCGGAGAAGCCAACUUUUCCUUCACGCUCUCGCUGCUCUUACCACCACGCUCUCAUCCACCCUAUCAAAUCCUCGCUACAGCCUAUGACUCCGAAGAGGAGUGCUUCUCCAAGUAUCCCGACGCUCGCGAGAACGUUGAAAAAAUUCGUCGCAUCGCAGGCCGAGACGAUAUUGUGGUCUUUGGGGUAGAUGCUGGACAGCUAGAGAAGUACAAGCAGGUGACUGGUGCAUCAAAGACCAAGUUACAAGCGGGUCACAACCUUAUUGACGGGUAUGGUGACAUUUCGGACUCUCACUCGUCAUCUUCAGCGCAGAAGAGAUGGAGCAAAGUUUGGUUUGGCUUUCCCCACGUCGGUGCCGGUCACAAGGAUGAAACUCGCAAUGUACUCGCAAAUCAACUGCUCAUUUUGCGCUUCUUGAUUUCGGUAGCACCGUUCCUGACUGUCGGAGCACUACCAGGCUAUGCUCCGGGAGGUGGAUCAUCCAACAAACGAGCAGGAUCGGAUGACGAAGACGACUUCGAUGAUGCCCAACCCACUGGUGCUGAAGCAUUCGACGAACUCGACGCCCUUGCUGGCUCAAGCAUCAAUGACGCAGAUCAGGCCAUCUUGGACGACACGCAGGCUCGCAUUGCGGCGCUGCAACCUCUUCAGCCUCCCUCCCGACAGGGCUCGGUCCUCAUUACCCUCCGCAACGCUUCGCCUUACACAUUGUGGGACGUCGCCAACUUAGCUAAGCGAUUGCCCCAGAUGCUUCCCGUCAUUGCACAAACAGCUCCCGCUCUACCAAAGGGAGUCAAGAAGCCAAACUUAAAAGAUCUUGAAGCCAACGGACUCUCAACAAUGAGCGCCGCCAACUUGCACUCGCGCGCGGUCUCGCAGACCAAAGGCUUCAAACCACAACGCGGCGUUCGAAAGUACAGAAGCUAUCACCUGUGGCGUAGUUUCGAGUUUGAUCCUACCGAAUGGAGAGGGUAUCAGCAUCGUAGAACGAUCGGAUGGAUUGAGGGUGUCAGUAGUGGUGGCAAUGAGGAUUUGCUGCGUUCUCGCUCGCAUCAACGUGGAGAGUCAGACUCUGGCAAUGUUCGCGCAAGCAAAGCAGGUGGUGGUGAAUGUCGAACGUGGGAGUUCGGACUCGGAUGA